GCAGGCGGAAGGGGCGUGGCCCCGCGCGGAGGGGCGGGGCGUGGCGCCGGGCCCGCUGCCGGCCGGCGAGGAGGGCGGGCGGCGGAGCGGCUGCGCUUUCCCUCACCCUCCGUUCCCUCCCCGCGGGACCGGCAACGGCCACGGCGGCGCGGGCAGGGCCCCGUCCCCCUGCGCGGCUUCCCCAGCUCCCCUCGGCCGCCCCGGGCGGGCAGCCCGCUCUCCCCGCCCCCCCCCCCCCCCCCACCGCCCUCAGGGCCGGGGAUGCGCCCGGCCCCCCGCCGCCCUGAGCGCGGCCCUUCCCGCCCCCGCUUCUCCCCUCUCAGGUGCGGGCCGGGGCGGUGAGCGCGGGUGGAGCCCCCAUGGUGGGCUUCGGGGCCAACCGGAGGGGCGGCCGCCUGCCUUCCCUUGUCUUCGUGGCGCUGCUGGCCGUGAUCGCCGUCCUCGCCUUCAACUGCUGGAACGCCGCGUCCCGCCAGGCCCUGCUGCAGGAGGAGGUGGCGGAGCUGCAGAGCCAGGCCAAGCGCACCGAGGUGGCCCGGGGGCGGCUGGAGAAGAGGAACUCGGACCUGAUGGGCAAGGUGGACUCCCACAAGAAGCAGCUGGAGCAGAAGGAGGCCGACUACAGCCACCUGAGCAGCCAGCUGCAGGCCAGGGACGGCCAGGUGAAGAAGUGCGAGGACGGCAAGAUUAAGCUGCAGAACAACAUAUCCUAUCAAAUGGCAGACAUACACCGUUUAAAGGAACAACUAGCAGAAUUACGUCAGGAAUUCAUUCGCCAGGAAGAUCAGCUUCAUGAGUACAAGAAGAACAAUACUUACCUGACAAGGAGGCUGGAAUAUGAUAGUCUGCAGUGUGGGCAGCAGAUUAAGGAAAUGAAACUGCAACAUGAAGAAAACAUAAAGAAAUUAAUGGACCAAGUUGCGCGGGAACAAAAGGCCACACAAAAAAUUCAGUCCAGUAAAGACAGUGAAGUAAGUCCCAGUAAUGAUGACCAGGCAAUAUCUAAGACUGUUCCAGAGGCAGAAGAUAAAAACACAGUAAAGAACGAGCAGCCUUCAGAUCAUGUUGUAAAUGGCAAAGAGAAAAUCAAACCAGGAGGAGAUGCAGGCAUGCCUGAAAUAGAAGAUAAUGAUCCUGCUAAAGCUGAAGAUACUCCCACUGCUUUAAAGAAGCCACUUAUUUCAGCUCCUAAAAGUGAAGGUGGUCAACCUGUUAUAAAUCUUCCAACUGAACAGCCCCACGCUCCAAAUCUGGCACCAGGUUUGCACAGUGAUGAUGAUGGAAAUGCCGAUAUUGCGAAGCAGAUACCUCCAAAUUCUCUCCAGCACUUAAAUUUUGAAGAAAAUAUGGAAAAUCAGAAAGAACACAAAAUUGAGACAGACCAUAUAAAAAUUCCAAAGAGCAGACUUAGUGACUUGCAGAAGAUGAAGCAAAGCCGAUUCUUUGAUGAGAAUGAAUCCCCUGUUGAUCCGCAGCAGGGUUCUAAACUGGCAGAUUAUAAUGGGGAUGAUGGGAACGUGGGUGAGUAUGAGGCAGACAAACAGGCUGAGCUGGCUUACAAUGAGGAAGAGGAUGGUGAUGGUGGAGAAGAAGACGUCCAAGAUGAUGAAGAGAGAGACCUGCAGAAUGACCUGGUGGAUUAUGGCAAGCCCCGCUUCAGCGACGGCGUGCUUUGAGGCGUGAACGAAGCGGGAGACGUGGAUGGGGAGAGAUCUCAACCGCGGAACUUGAAGUGCUGCAAAACUGAACCAUUUUUACUUUAGUGUUUCUUACUUUAAAGGAGGCUGGUAACAAAACGCGACGAACGUACUCAAAGUCAGUGAAGUAGCAGAAGGAAACAGUCCUGUACAUAUGUACAUAGUUGUACUAUUGCAAAUUGUAUUAAAACCACAUUUUUGUUGUUACAUUGAGCCAAUUAGACUGUACCUUAUCUGUAAUAAUCUUUACAUUUAGAACCGGUAUUAUAAAUACGGGCUGACUUGUUUCUGCAAUUUAGAAAACUUUGUAAACUGGAGAACUUGUACAGUUUGUAUCUCAUGUAAGAAAUACACUGUGGAAGCAAUGUACAGCCAAAGGACUCCUUUUCUACAGUAAUACCUGUAUGAGCAAAAAUACUCCUGCUUUCCUCAUGAGUGCCGUGUUUUUGUAUUUUGCAGGUGAGCUAGCGGUUGAGAAUGAAAACUGAACGUUUAAAACCUUGCUCCUUCCUUAAUGUAACUGAGGGAAGGCUAUGACAGUCUUCGGAAGCAAAUACCGUUUCAAUUCUCGUAUCCAACGACCAAAUCUCGUAGCUAGAGCUGGAAAUCGGUGGUCUUAGAAUCUUAAGAAUUUGAUACAUCCUGAAGAAGCCGUGCAACUAAUAGCUUAUUUUAAAAGGUAAUCUAAAUAAUUCAGCGGAGCUUGCAGGAGACCUUUGGGCAUGUGCUGAAGAGAGCAAGUGUGUUAGCGCGGGCGAGGGCCCAGCGCUCGCCCGUGCGGGCGUCCCGCUGCCCCGCCAGCUCCCUCCUGGCGCAGCCGCGCCGCUUCAGUUGCAGUUUAAUACCUCGACGCAGGUCUCUCAACGUCCACCGCGUUCCACGUUUUGAUUUUUCUAUAGCGGAAGGUUUGUAAGUUAGAUACUUUUUCUAUUCUGUGUUUAAGCACUUUCUGAAUUUUACGGAAAUGAUUCUGUGGAUCUAGUCGUGGAAAUUACGAUUAUUAACCCAGCCUGCUUCUCCACAAGGGCUACUGUGACAAGAAAUUACCGGGCCUCUGACAUGGGUGAUUGUACUUUCUCUCUGUACUCAGGUUCCAGUUGGAAGUACCAGUGCAGGUUUGCUUGAUGCCUAGUUGGUGGACCUUUUCAAUAAAUUUCAACGGUCAUACAAUUACGUUUUUUUUUUUUUUUUUUUUUUAUGGCUACAGCAAUCUUCUACCAAUACGUCUUAAAUAUACAAGAAAUAAAAAUUCCAGAUUCUGGCAAUGCAUCUCAAGGGUUUGGUUAUUUUGUUUCAGGCUUGUGCUCUUCAUUCCCUACUCCUGGGAGGCGGGAGGGGGGGAACAGCCCCUUGCAGGGUGUGAUGUACUUUCAGUUGCAAAUAAAAUGCUGAACCUGCUCAGAAUUAGAUGCCGUACUAAUACCACAAGCCGAGUAUAAACUUGUACCAGGACUCUUAAGAAUAGCAGUCUUCAGUAAAUACUGUAUUUAAAUACUACAAAUUCUUUUGUUUGUCUUAAAAUGUAAUUUCACCCUGAAUUAGGUGUUAACUUGAUUCUUCUAAUGAAAGCAACAUUUAUGGGUUCUAAUAAAUUGUUUAAAGUA